CAUUAAUUUGAGGAUUUUAUCACCAGUAGUCUGGCCUCCCUGGAAAUAUUGGACAAAGUAUUUCACUAUUGCAGAAGGGCUGUCCUCGUUUUCAGGGUAUUGGUUUGCCAUGCUCUGGAUGGAACAAAGUGGUGGGCUGGACCCAGGAAAUCAGUAAAGAAGAACUGGAAGGAAAAACCUGAAAUGCCAGAGGAGCUGCCCGGGCUGGUGAGUACAGCUGGUGUGCACUGGUUGAGCUAUUGUUUUCCACACUGGAGCAGCUCAUAUGAGGGUCAUGUGAAGGAUGAAAAGAGAGGCAGACCGAGUAAACAGGAGUUUGAAAUUAAGGAGGCAAUUUAUAUCCUAUGCAGAUCAUCACAAGUUUCUGUUGGAACUCUGGCAAUGAAAAUAACAAGGAAAGUAACCAAUGUUUGCAUAUCGUUUUUCCAGCCCUGCAGGUUUACCUGUCAUAGAGAAGAAUGCUGAUCCUGAACUAAGUUUACUACUCUACCUGAGGAAAGUUCUCCACCUCAAAGGCACUAAGUACGGCUGUGGGGUAGGAGGCUGUGGCUCCUGUACCGUCAUGGUGUCAAGAUACAACGUCAAGAACAAGACGAUCCACCAUUAUCCAGUUACUGCAUGCCUGGUGCCCAUCUGCUCUCUGUAUGGGGCUGCUGUCACCACAGUAGAAGGUGUAGGAAGCAUUGAAACCAGGAUUCACCCCGUGCAGGAAAGACUUGCCAAGUGUCAUGGCACGCAGUGUGGCUUCUGCAGCCCAGGGAUGGUGAUGUCCAUCUACACACUGCUGAGGAACCACCCGGAGCCGACCCCUGAUCAGAUAACCAAAGCUCUUGGAGGAAAUUUGUGCCGCUGUACUGGUUACCGACCAAUCGUAGAAAGUGGAAAAACCUUCUCUGUGGAAUCAACUGUGUGUCAAAUGAAAGGAUCAGGAAAAUGUUGCAUGGAUCAAGAAAAGAAGUCUUCUGUGAACAGAGAGGAGAAAAUAUGUACCAAAUUGUAUAAUGAAGAUGAAUUCCAGCCCUUCGAUCCAUCCCAGGAACCUAUAUUUCCUCCUGAACUAAUAAGAAUGGCAGAAGAUCCAGACAAGAGAAGGCUGACAUUCCAAGGGAAGAAGACUACCUGGAUAACCCCUGUGACCCUCAGUGACCUUCUGGGACUGAAAGCCGAUUUCCCGGAAGCCCCCAUUGUUAUGGGGAACACUUCAGUGGUACAGGCAGGUGUCUAUUUUUGUUCUGAUGAGGAAACAAUAGGAACAGGUGGCUGUGGAAGAACGGCAAAUGAGCAACGCGAAUUUGCAGGUGUGACAAUAGGUGCAGGCUACAGCCUGGCCCAGUUGAAUGAUGCCUUAGGUUAUAUUGUUUCGGAGCAACCGAAGGAGAAGACUAAGACCUACCGUGCCCUCCUGAAGCAUCUGAAGACGCUUGCUGGAGCCCAGAUUAGGAACAUGGCGACUUUAGGAGGACAUGUGGUGAGCAGGCCUAAUUUUUCUGACCUAAAUCCUAUUUUAGCAGCAGGAAAUGCUAUCAUCAACCUGACAUCAAAAGAUGGAGAACGGCAGAUUCCUUUAGAUGGCAAUUUCCUUGAGAAAUUACCUGAAGCCAACCUUAAAUCGGAAGAGAUUGUGUUAUCUGUUUAUAUUCCCCAUUCCACUCAGUGGCAAUUUGUGUCAGGAAUGAGGCUGGCCCAACGUCAGGAGAAUGCCUUUGCCAUUGUCAAUGCCGGGAUGAGUGUGAAGUUUGAAGAUGGCACAGACACAAUCAAGGAUCUUCAAAUGUUUUAUGGAAGUGUUGGCCCCACCGUGGUCUCUGCAAGCCAAACCUGCAAGCUGCUCAUUGGGAGACAAUGGGAUGACCAAAUGCUGAGCGAUGCAUGCCAGUUGGUCCUGGAUGAGAUUUACAUUCCACCAGCAGCUGAGGGUGGCAUGGUAGAAUAUAAGCGAUCCCUCAUCAUCAGCUUACUCUUCAAAUUCUACCUCAAAGUGAGGCGAGGGCUGAAUAAAAUGGAUCCCCAGAAGUUUCCUGAUAUCCCAGAAAAGUUCGUGAGUGCCCUGGAAGAUUUCCCCAUCAAUACUCCUCAAGGACUUCAGAUGUUCCAGUGUGUGGAUCCCCGCCAGCCCCCACAAGAUCCUGUUGGCCACCCAGUCAUGCACCAGUCAGCCAUUAAACACACCACAGGGGAAGCUGUGUAUGUUGAUGACAUGCCCCCCAUUGCCCAAGAACUCUUCCUGGCUCCAGUCACCAGCACCAGAGCUCAUGCAAAAAUCACAUUAAUUGAUGUUUCAGAAGCCCUCGCACUUCCAGGUGUUGUUGAUGUGAUAAGAGCAGAGGAUGUUCCAGGAGAUAAUAACCAUAACAAAGAGAUUCUCUAUGCAGAAAAUGAGGUAAUUUGUGUGGGUCAGAUAGUCUGCACUGUAGCUGCCGAUACCCUUGCUCACGCAAAAGAGGCUGCUAAAAAAGUGAAGAUCACUUAUGAAGACAUAGAACCGAGGAUUAUCACGAUAGAGCAAGCCCUAGAGCACAAUUCAUUUCUUACUGUUGAGAAAAAAAUUGAGCAAGGAAAUAUAGAGCAAGCCUUUAAACAUGUUGAUCAAAUCAUUGAAGGUGAGGUCCAUGCGGAAGGACAGGAACAUUUUUACAUGGAAACGCAAACUGUGUUGGCUAUCCCAAAAGCAGAAGAUAAAGAAAUGGUAGUACACAUUGGAACACAGUAUCCAACUUACGUGCAGGAAUUUGUGGCUGCAGCGCUAAACGUCCCAAGAAGUAGAAUUGCCUGCCACAUGAGACGAGCUGGAGGAGCAUUUGGGGGGAAAGUGACCAAGCCCGCACUUCUAGGAGCUGUCUGUGCUGUGGCUGCCAACAAGAUUGGCCGCCCAAUCCGGUUUAUUCUAGAGCGUGAUGAUGACAUGCUGAUAACUGCUGGCCGCCACCCACUCCUUGGAAAAUACAAAAUUGGAUUCAUGAAUAAUGGUGUGAUCAAGGCUGCUGAUCUUCAAUAUUAUAUCAACGGUGGAUGCACGCCUGAUGAAUCUGAGACGGUGAUAGAGUUUGCUGUGCUAAAAUCUGAAAAUGCAUAUCAUAUUCCUAAUUUCCGGUGCCGGGGUAGGGCUUGCAAAACAAAUUUGCCAUCUAACACUGCCUUUCGAGGAUUUGGCUUUCCCCAGGCUACAGUGGUAGUUGAGUCUUAUAUAGCUGCUGUGGCAUCUCAGUGUAACUUACUACCUGAAGAGAUUAGAGAAAUCAACAUGUAUAAGAGAUGUAGCCAAACAGCCUUUAAGGAGAUGAUUAACCCAGAGCCCUUGCGAAAAUGCUGGAAAAAAUGUCUGGAGAAAUCUUCAUUCUAUGCUAGGAAACUGGCUGCCGAGGAAUUUAACAAAAAGAAUUACUGGAAGAAAAAGGGGCUUGCCGUGAUCCCCAUGAAAUUUACCAUUGGGAUGCCCGAGACCUACUUUAAUCAGGCUGCCGCUCUAGUCCACAUCUAUAUCGACGGUUCUGUCUUGGUGAGUCAUAGUGGCUGUGAAUUUGGACAAGGCGUCUACACCAAAAUAAUACAGGUGGCUAGUCGAGAACUGAAUAUCCCCUCAUCGUAUAUACACCUGUCCGAAACAAGCACGGUCACGGUUCCCAAUGGCAGCUUCACAGCGGCAUCCAUGGGAACAGAUAUCAACGGAAAGGCCGUGCAGAAUGCCUGCCAAAUUCUUAUGGCCCGUCUUCAACCAAUCAUCAGGAAAAACCCUAAGGGAAGUUGGGAGGAGUGGAUUGCAACAGCCUUCAAAGAAUCCAUCAGCCUGUCAACUACUGGAUAUUUCAAAGGCUACCAGACAUAUAUGGACUGGGAGAAGGGGGAAGGUCAUCCUUAUCCAUAUUUUGUUUUUGGAGCAUCCUGUUCUGAGGUUGAAGUCGACUGUCUGACUGGGGCUUACAAGCUCCUUAGGACUGACAUCUUCACGGAUGCUGCUUUCAGCAUAAAUCCAGCCGUGGACAUUGGGCAGAUUGAAGGAGGAUUUAUCCAAGGCAUGGGAUUAUAUACCACAGAAGAAUUGAAGUAUUCCCCAGAAGGGGUGCUUUAUACUCGGGGUCCAGAUGACUACUAUAUCCCCACUGUCACUGAAAUACCAGAAGAGUUCUAUGUCACUUUAGUGCAUUCCCGAAAUCCCAUAGCCAUCUACUCAUCCAAGGGACUGGGUGAGGCUGGAGUGUUCUUGGGAUUCUCCGUGUUUUCCGCCAUACAAGAUGCAGUGACCGCUGCCCGAAGAGAAAGAGGGUUGGCCACGAACUUCACCCUGAAUAGCCCAGCAACUCCUGAGAUGGUUAGGAUGCAUUGUAUGGAUCAGUUUACUGAUAUGAUACCCAGAGAUGAUCCUUCAACAUUUACACCUUGGUCCAUCCGUGUGUCUUAAUAGUAUGUUUUCCUUAGAAAAUGAAAGAGUUUAUGAUUGAUCUUAAAAUUUUCAAACCAGAGCAAAAUAUAAGUUGGAUCCCAAUUGUUAAGGAUAAUUUUAGCAUGUUUUAAUUAUUCUCUGUAGUUUAGAUCACUGCAUGAUUAUG